AUGAAUGUCCCCGUACCGCAUUACCCGCCUUUCAAGCUAAGGUCAUCCUUGAUAGACAAAGACCCCGUGAUAUGGGCACACUAUCUAGAAGCAUAUCUCCACUUGUUGCAAUUCAUUCAGCAAGGAAACCUAGCCGAGUUGAGUGUCAAAUCACAGCAACAGUUUGUUUUGUUUUUGAAAACCUAUUUACACGAAUCAAGCAUGGAGAAGGGCCAAAUCUUUUCCCUAGGCGCUAUUAACCCGGACAUUAAACGAAACGGCGAACUUUUGCGAGGAGCAGUUUUCCAAUGCAUUAAAAAUUACAGUUUUGUCAGGCUAAGCGUUAUUGGUGAGAGCAUAUGGGAUUUUAUCCAGCUAUACGCUAGCAAAAAUAUCCACACAGUUCGAGGGUUGACAGACGGGUCUUUUAAAUCGGUGUUCAACGACAAUAAAAAGAGCGGCAAGAUCUCAUCCGUGCCAUCGCUACAGAAACACCUCCAACAAUUGAUCUCAAGGGGCAACUUUACUCAAGAUGACUUGUCUUGUCUAAGUGCGUUCUUGGGCCAGCAAACUGCGAGGUCCACUACGUAUGCCAUGGGCUCCUCGAACGCCACCGUGACAAAGAACUCGUCUAGCAACUUGCCCUUGGCGGAAUCCUUUGUCGAUGCUGGCUGGAUAGAGUAUUUGGAACAGGCAUAUGCUGGUGGGAAAAGCGUAAAUGCAGACACAAUCAAAGACGUCAUGAUCGUCUCCUUAAUAUCACUUUCGUCGGCCAAGAUGGCCAAUCUACUCAAGGAUCUCCGAAUAACUUCGGUGAGCACACUCAGCAUCGCCCCGUUGUUGAGCAGUAUAAUAAUCUCCGAGCCGUAUAGGGAAUUGAUACCAGAUUUGGAAAGCAGAGUACAUUUUUUGAAAGGUUUAGACGCUCACCUAGAGGUUCCUGUGGAACUUGUGGAAUCUGGUGUUGAACCUGCGCAACUAGUUCUCAGCGAACAAGAUAUUCAAAACAUUUCCAUGCUCAAAGACCUCUUCCCCGACUUGAGCGAUGGCAAAGCUAAAGCGCUACUUGACCAAUAUAACAACGAUACAGAGCUUGUAACGGAUUUGCUUUUGGAAAACCCCGACUUGAUGCAAGAAGUGGAAGUAGCCCAACCACAACCCGAUGAGCCGGCUCCCACCAAAGUCAACCUCACUAUGGGCAAACCACUCCCAAAGAGGUCAAUCUACGAUGAAGAUGACAUUUCUCUUGGUAAAUUUGCCAAUGCAAAAAUCACUUUUGGGAAAAAGCCUCGUGAAAAGUUGCAAGCAGCGGGCUCUGACUUGAAAAAGAAAACUUUAGAUGCAGCAUUGCGCAUGCUUUACGAAAGUGACGAAGAUGAGCCCGAUGAUACUUAUGAUGACCAAGAAAAGACAUCAGGAGAAGCGGUGGAGGAUGAGUCAAGGCUGAAACUGAGAAAAUCUGGCCGACUAGCUGUGUUGGAAGACGCUUCAGCUUUGGCCUCAGCUUCAACACCUCCACCCGCAUCCGCUCCCGCUCUGAGUGGGGUGGAUGGAAAAGAGCGCCAUCUCUUCAGCAUCUACAAACGAGAUGGCGAGCAAGUGUUUGCCAAGACUGUGAGAAAGUCAGCGGGACGCCAAAAGUUGAAAAAGGAGAUAGGUUGGUCGGACGAGCAGAUUGAAGGCUGGUUGAGAAUGCUUCUUAAAUCUCCACGCAGGUACAAAAUUUUAGAAGAAGAUUUCUUAUACGGCGGAGGCAACCCCAACAGAAGAUCCAAAAGCAAGGCAGAGCAAAAAGACGAAUACAUCGACUACGACGACGACGACAACAACAACGCUGCUGUUGUUGAUGAUGAUGGUGGUGCCGAGAAGAAGAAUUCAAAACCGCUGCCUCCCGUUUCAAAAGAAGCUGCACGUAGAACCCAGGCACGGAACGAGAAGAAUAAAGCCUCCAGAGCGAAUCACAAUAGGAAAUCUCAACAUGAUAAGAAGUCCAGGCUGACUCUUGUUGGAAUGCAAUCGUCAAACUUGACAUAA